AUGAAACAAACAGAUCAACAACCACAUGACGUACGUUGUUUAGAUAAAACGUCAUUAGUUACAUGGAAAAAAUCUUAUUACAUCUAUGUAUUCGAUUGGAAUUUAUAUACGAAUGGACAGCUAGAAUGUCGUAUACCAAUUGUUGAACCUUCAGCUAAACUUGAUAGACCUUAUUGUUUUGAUCCCUAUAGAGCUACAAAUGCGACACCAAUGACGGACGAAGAAGGAAAUUGUGGUUGGAAUUUAGCUAUAACAUAUAUUUUAUCACCAACAUUUGAACCUGAUCGUUCAUGUUUAAAUAAAAUAAGUCAAAUUGAUUUCUCUGGUGCAACAACUAGAAGCAAAUAA